ACACGCCGCCGCUAUGCCGGCCAUCGCCCAGCGCCCUCAGUCGGCCUAUGGCCCUCCCAGGUCCUCGGUCGAAUCCGACAGCGGCAGCGAACGAUUCACAUCCGCCCUCGAAAGACGAGCCAGCUACCAACCCCAAUCUACACUCAAGCCACCCGGUCAGGCCAGACAACCAAGUUGGGAAAAGAUGCCAAAAGACGGGACUGUACAAAGGGCUGCUGGUGAGGUUACCGGCCUGAAAGACUACUCGGCANNGCAACUGGGUGACUGCCUCGGCAAGGGUGCCUUUGGCAGUGUAUACCGCGCCCUGAACUGGGGCACUGGCGAAACUGUUGCCAUCAAGCAAGUCAAAUUGGCAGAUCUGCCAAAAGGCCAGUCUCGCGCUAUCAUGAUGGAAAUUGAUCUGCUCAAGAACCUUAAUCACCCAAACAUCGUCAAGUACAAUGGCUUCGUCAAGUCUACCGAAUCAUUGUACAUCAUUCUCGAGUACGCCAUCCUCUUACUUUCACCAUCUAUCUCCUGCUUACCCGCCCAGNNAUAUUGCGAAAACGGUUCGCUGCAUUCCAUCUGCAAAAACUUUGGCAAGUUUCCCGAGAACCUUGUUGCCCUGUACAUGACUCAAGUUCUCAAUGGUCUGCUGUACCUUCACGAGCAGGGUGUUAUUCACCGAGACAUCAAGGGAGCGAACAUUCUCACUACCAAAGAAGGUUUGGUCAAAUUGGCCGAUUUUGGUGUUGCGACAAGGAAGGAUACUGGUCUGCAUGAGAGUAGCGUAGUCGGUACCCCUUAUUGGAUGGCUCCCGAGGUCAUCGAGCUGUCUGGUGCCACCACUGCUUCAGACAUUUGGAGUCUUGGAUGUACUGUCAUUGAGCUACUCGAUGGAAGACCUCCAUACCACAAGUUGCAACCCAUGCCCGCCUUGUUCCGCAUCGUCAAUGAUGAUCAUCCACCACUACCUGAAGGAGCUUCUCCGGUAGGACAAGGUUUCUGUCUUUCUGAGCAUCCUAACCUCAGAGUCACAGCCAAGAAACUAUUAAAACACCCCUGGAUCCUCAGUGGCAGACGUUCCGACCAACCUGUCGCAAAACCCACACAGUACGAUGAAGCUGUAAAGAGUGUUCAACAGUGGAACGAAGCACUCAAGUCGCCACAAAACACAUCCUCGCGGCGAUCCUCAUCUAGACCACUCUCUUUGAGUCCUGUGCCCCCUAGGCCUGACGUUGGUACACAUCUAAGGACACCAGGCCUUAACAAAAGCGGCUUGGCUUUGGCGCAUAGAGCAAACGACACCAAACUCUAUCAAUCACCCGACAAUGAUGCCAAAGACAAUUGGGAUGAUGACUUCGCGACAUCCAUCGGCAACGCAGCUUUGCAGUUGCCGCAUCUGAAANNCCCUCACGACAACUUCGCUGGCAUGUUAUCGUCAGACAAACUGAAGCAGUAUGCCACUUUCGACAUCAACGCCGAGGAGGAAGAGGGGGAUAACUGGGACGACAAUUUUGAAGGAGAUCUUACUGUGAGAAGUCCGAUGGAAGUGAUCCGGGGUGACCCUAUGGAGACCGUGCGACCUUUCUUCCCACCAAGAGCCAACACUUUCGAUAUGAAGCACACUGCGCCUACGAGGAACCCAGGGCCAAAUACGUUACGACACGCGCAAAAGGCUCUGGAAAAGUCUGAUAAGGACAGCUCCUCAAGAACACAGAUUCUUCGACCAACGCACAAGUCCACAAAAUCCGAGCCGAAACCCACAGAAGCUCCCGUUCGCCCAUCGCUCAUGUACCGAGAGAACUCGACUGAAGAUUACUCUGACUUGCUUGGGCCGGACAACGACUCGGUCUUCCGUCAAAAACUCGCAGCGCUCACUAUCCGAAGCGACGACUCAUUCGCGUCCAAAUUGUUCCACCCCUCAGACCUGAAGGUGCCUCGACCAAGUUCACGCAUGGGUCACAUGCGCCGACCGUCACCUCAGAUUCAUGAUGCUGCUGCUAUGCGCAGAACACGUUCUGAAGUGGAAAUACAAAAGUAUGCCGAGGAUCCUGAGGACGAAGACUUUUCGGACAUAUUUGGCAAAGAAGACGGGCAGCAGAUACCGCAACCCGAAAGCGAGAGUGGGUCAGAGAUUGGGACGCUCAUGCUCAACUCAAAGCUGUCAAGUCACUCAUGGCUUGGAGACGAAGAAGACGAGGAUGAUCCGUUCGCACAACUGGAAGAGGGCUUUGACGAGAUGGAUCUGGAAACAAACAUUGCUCGAGACAAAUUUGCUCGUCUGGUGACGCUCGUCGAAGGGCUUGUUGGAUCGCUCAAAGUCUCUCAGCCCGAAGAUUACCUGCAAGAUAUUGUGGACCAACUGUUCCAAGUACUGUGGGAAUCUCCCGAGGUGAAGACUGUAGUCAUGUCUUCCCACGGCAUGUUGCCUAUCCUAGAAAUCCUGGAGACUUGUAACCGCCCGACAACCAUCCUGAGGCUACUGCAAGUUGUCAAUCUGAUCAUCAUGGACAAUGUCGAGAUUCAAGAAAACCUUUGCUUUGUUGGCGGUAUACCCAUCAUCACACGAUUCGCACAGAAGAGGUACAGCAGCGACAUCAGGCUGGAAGCCGCAGCGUUUGUGAGACAGAUGUACCAGACCAGUACGCUCACACUGCAGAUGUUCGUCAGUUGCGGUGGCUUGAACGUUCUGGUUGAAUUCCUCGAGGAAGACUACGAGGCAGAGAGAGACCUUGUUCUGAUUGGAGUUAACGGUGUCUGGAGUGUCUUUGAACUGCAAGGCCCAACGCCGAAGAACGAUUUCUGUCGCAUCUUUUCACGCAGCUCAGUCUUAUACCCGCUAUCCCUAGUGCUCAACCGAGUGUUGGACGAAGAGGGCGAACUUGCCGAGCUUGUUGAGGGACGCAUUGUUCCUCACUUCCGCGAGAUUUCUAACCAGGUCUUGAACAUCAUGUACAAUCUUUGCAGAUUGAGCAAGACAAGACAAGAAGACGCCGCAUUGAAUGGUGUCAUUCCUCUACUGCAACGUAUCGUUAAGACCGAGCGCCCGCUGAAGGAAUUUGCAUUGCCUAUCUUGUGUGAUAUGGCACACUCUGGUAAGGUUGGAAGAAAGAUACUGUGGCAGAACAAGGGAUUGCAAUUUUACGUCAGUCUGCUUGCAGACCAAUAUUGGCAAGUUACAGCUUUGGAUGCCAUUUUUGUCUGGUUACAAGAAGAGACUGCAAAGGUCGAAGAACAUCUUCUCAAAGAUGACAGCUUUUCUCAGGCAAUUAUCAAUUGCUUCAACCAUAGCAAAGCUGACAGCUUCGAAAAUUUCCUUGAGCCUCUGCAGAAGCUCCUGCGCCUCAGCCCUCCCAUCGCCAGCUCUCUCAUCCAUCCAGAUCUUUUCCUGCGCACAGCUCAAAAGCUUCGCACGAAGAAGGCUUUGGUCCGUCUCAACUUGCUCAGAAUCAUCCGCAGUAUCUGCGACUCUAGUGACGAAGACGGCGCACUCAUUCACACGUUCGGAUUACACCCCAUCAUCGCCGAGACUGCUAAGUACGACCCGGCUAUUUUGGUACGCGAAAUGGCCUCGGACCUGAUCAAGUCAUCUGAGUUGCACGUCUCCCGGGCUGUUCACAAUGCUCGCGUUGGCGAUGUAAACAACCGCCGUCAACUCCGUCGUUCAAGCUCUUCCACGAUGGUACCUACUGGCAACUCUCUUCCUCCUACACCGACGACCGAUCGCAUGCCAGGUCGUAUAAGCAGCUACUUCGACCCUACUGCAGACUUGCAACGUCCCUUUUCACGCGGUGCUACCGGCAUGGCGUCACCAUAUCGUCCCAUCAGUCGUGACGGAGGUUCUGGCGGAUCAUCAACAGGCUGGAGUGCGUCCGGAUUCUUAGCGUCACCAACCGCAAUCCCUCCUGUUCCUGGACUUGUCGCCAUCGAUCGUCCCGGUGUCAACAACAUUAACAACCUCGUCUCCAAGUCUCGCCUGCCUCGUACUAACCACUCACGAGGCACCUCUGGCGCGCGCCUCAGCCUCGUUACUGCCGAAGGCCGAACCUCGCGUCCUGGCUCUCGCAGUGGACUGGGCAGCAAUGACAGAAGCGAGAAUCUGACUCCAAAGAAUGCCGUUCCUCCUUCACACGGUCAUUCCAGAACACCUAGUCGUUUCGGUCAUCAGCAUCAGCUUUCUGCGUCAUCGGCGAGUACAGGCAAUGUCAGACCAUCGCGUGGUCGACGCACGACUAGCUCCGGUAGCAGUGCCGGUCUUGGAGGGAAC